AUGUCCCGGCACACCCAAGUGUCGAUCACUUGCCACUGCGGCACCGUGGAGCAGAUCGUGUCUCUAGGUCCUAAAACGACGACUGGUCCGAGAAACAUAAACCUCUGCCAUUGCCACACGUGCCGGCACACGACGGGACUACUUUGCGUCUCGUACAUGGGCAUUGAGCGACCGCAGCCUCUGAUUGGCCUUGCUGCGUACCAGUCAUCGACGUCCUGUCGCUUCUUCUGCGGCACGUGCGGAUGCCACGUCUUCCGGCGGGACGACAGCUCCGACGACGACGAGGUGGGCGAGGGCGCUGUGCGCGAGAGGUGGACUGUGGCUACAGGUGUGGUCGUCGGACGCGUGGACAGGCGGGAUGGGAGUGGCAAUGAAGGGGUUGAGGCGGAGCCCAUGAUGGGAUACGCGAGGUAUCUCAACACAUCCAGCACCAAGGACGGCGGGCUAUCGGUCUUUUUACGCUCUGACGAGGGGUUGAACGAGUCUGAAGUCUGUGAGCACUGGGGCACGCCGUAUCGAGAUACUCUUAGGAGGUCAUCGAGCCCAGACACACAUGAUGAGAAGAGUGAGAACAUCAGUGCGGAAAGCGAGGGUGGAAAGACCCUCAGCGCAUCCUGUCACUGA